AUGUAUUUUGAUAUUUUAUAUUUUGAUUCUCAGGGUACCACCAUAAUUGCAGUUAAAAUGGAAAAUAAUGAUACUGUUAAAAUUAUAACAGACAAAACAUAUUUUAUGGAAGAAACAAUUAAUAUUCAUUUUAAAUUUAUUAAAAAAGUAAAACAUUAAAUUUGUUUUACCAGUCUAAUAAUAACUUUAAAGAUUUAAUGAAAUUUUUUUGUACCAAAUAGUCUAUCGAACCACAAUAUUCUGAUUGGAUUGCAUUAUACAAAUGUAGUAGCAACAGGAAUCUAGAAGAGUUUAUUGCAGUAGAAACCAGUCUAACAGUUCGAUCAUCAACUAAACAUGGCCUGAUUCCUGUUAUAUUCUAUCCAAACCAGUUGAAGAAUGUUAAGUGUAACGAAGUUUAUGAAUUUAUUUAUGGCAAUAAGUUUAAUGAGGUAAAUAUAUUUUGUCAAAUAAUUUUUAAUUUUUUUAAAGAAUAUUCAUUGCAUUUUAUACAGAUUUGUGGAAUAAGUCAACAAGUACGUUUCAUUCAUAAAAAUGACUGCUACUGUUACCCAAACGUCACAGAAAUAAGCAAUUGCAAUGGUUGUGUUUCUCAGGUGAUAUGUUUAUUAUCUGUUGUAGUUUUAAAUCUCUAUCAAUGGAUAAUAAUUAGCGACCAGAUUUGUAUGAAUUUGAAUGAAAUACUAAGAAUGAGAUGUUUUUAAGUUCUAUAAUUUUAUUUCAUCAAAGUAUUCUUUUAUAUGCAUAUUUAUUAUUUCUUUUAAAGAGGGUCAAAGCGCAUCUAUUUUUCAUAUGGUUUAGAUCAAUAAGCAGUUAGAAAUUAUAUAUACUUUUCAAUGUUUAAUAAAAGUAUUUAUGAAAUUGUUAAGACAUUAUGUAGAUUAUUUAGGAAGUUAAUUUUCAUUUUUCAGUUUUGAAGACUCACAAUAUCAAGAUAUUAUUUUUAAAAAUUACGUGAUAAUUUCCACAUUACAUUUGUAUUUAUUUUGGAUACAUCAAACUUUAUAUCAAAAAUUAACUUUUUAAAUUUUAGCCCCUUUUGCAAGAGACAUUUACAUAACUUUAACUCAAAACUGAUACUAAUUCAAGAAGGAUAAUAUCCUAAGUGUAAAUUUAAACCUUUCUAUGCAAGUCUGGUCCAUUAGCCAUCAUGUUUUUUUAAAAAAAAAAUCUUAUUGUACACGAUAAAAUUCACAUUUCUAAAUAAAAGCCACCCUUAAAUAAAUUAUGCUUAGUACAAUUUCAUAAAACACUGAGUAAACAUUUAUGUAAUUUAUACCCUGUACCUUGUUCAGAAAACUCACCAAUUUAGAUCUUUAGAGUCAAAGUAGUAAAAUAUAAUUACAUACAAAUCCAGUCUGUAUUAAUAAUUAUAAAAUUAAUAAUAUUUUGGGUAAAAUGAUAGUUCAUGUUCAAGUACUACUGUAAGUAUUAAUGCGUACAGAAAAUACCUUUAAACAUUUGUAAUUUAUUUGUUGUUUUGCUAAUUGUGAUUAAGGAAAUAAGUUUAUAAUAUUUGUUACAUAUAAUAUAGUGUUUGGAUUCUAUUUGACACUUACAAUGUAUAGCUAAACUUGAAAUUAUGUACCCAAAAAUUUGAAUAAGUUUCUAUAUGUCAGAAUAAUUAUUGACCAUAUCCAUGUUUACAGUUUAUUUAUCCAAUAGGGAAUAUAUAGUAAAAUAAUUAAAGUACUUUAUUUGAAUAGUGAUGUGUUUUGGUUGAAUUUUGGAAGUGAAAAACACUUAUGAUUGAAUUCAAUUUUAAAGUAGUACUUAGAUAUUUACUAAUGAUUAUAUUAAACUAUUUUCAUUAAAAUAAAUUGUAUGUAUUAAUUCUGUAAUUUAUUUUCUAGGAAUUUGUUAAUUCUUUAUUAGCCCGUAUGUCUAUUGUUGAAAAUAAAUUAAAAGACUAUGAAAUACAAUCAAAAGCAAAUAUGUUAAUGAAUAAGCAUUUGACAGCUGAGAUGAUUAAAUGUGAUGCCCAUGUACAAACAUGUAAUGAAUUUUUAGAUAACUUGUUUUACACAAAUGAACAAGUGACCAAAGAUGGUAUUGUAUGUUAUUUACUUAGUAUAUAUUUAUAAAUAUAAUGAUAAAUAUUUUUGAAUUUAAGAUGUGGAUGGAACCGUGUAAUGAUAUUGAUUUAAAACUAAGUGUUAUCGAAAAUCAAGAACAAGAGUUGCAAAAUAUUUCAAGUCAAAAUGAUGGAAUUAAAAAAGUAUUAGAAAAUUUAAAUAAUAAGGUAUGUAUUACAUAUUUUGUUAUUAAAUUAAACAAAAUAUAUUUUGAUUAUUAAUAUUUGAUUACCUAACCUAUAAUUUGGAACAUCUCAAUGCGUUAAGAGUUUGUAACAAACAAUUAAUAAUAUUUAUUUGAGAUUUAAUCAUCUACAAAUAUUGUGUUUAUAGAGAUUUUAGUUGGUGAUUGAAAAUAACAAUAUUUAUAUAGUGGUAAAAAAUAAAGUGCAAUUUUAUAUGACCCUCUCCAUCCAAAAACAAAUUCGCAUGGAAGUCCUGAGUUCUUGAUUCACUAUUUUUUAUAUGUAUUUUUUUUUUAAUAUUUCUAAUAAUUAUUAUAAUUUUAUUAGGUUCACUUAAGGGAAUUGAUGACUGAGUAUAUUAUUGUUUAUUUAGUCUUAAAGCCAGAUAAGACUAUAAGAAUUGUCUUUGGUGGAUUUCAAUUUUUAAUAUUGAUUAUGAUUCUUUAGGUUCUUUAAUUGGAAAUAGAAAAUUACUAGAAAUCAUAAUCAAUUUUUUAAAAAUAUACUUUAAAUAUUUUGCAUACACUUUAUGAUAAAGAAAAUAAAAAUUUUCUGUCAAAUAUAAUUGGUACAGUUUUGUGGCCUUUUGGUCUAAAAAAACAUAUUUUACAGUACAUAUUCCGCUUCAUUGGGUAUCCUGUAGUAGAUUAGUGAAAAAAUCUGUGUCUAAUUCUUUUUAAUUUAUUAUUUUUAUGAAAAUAAAAAAAAUUUCAAAUUGGAGAAAAUUUGGAAAACCAUUCUCAAUAAAUAAAAUGUAGUAAAUUUAUUUUCAGGUCAAGGAAAAUGAUAAUGAUAUAAAACUUGAAAGCAUGGUGAGAUCUCUAAAAGUUUUUAAACCAUAAUAUAUUUUAUUAAUAAUGUGCAAAUGAUUUAUUAGGAUUCAGAAAUAAAUAAUGUAGUAAAUGUAGAAAUUGGUUUUGUACCAGAACCGUCAAUUGCAUCCAUUGUUUUUAUUGAUGAAGAUGAUCUUUAA